AAUGUCAAUCGCACAUGGUUCAUUCGUUGGUUUUUCCUUUAUUUCUGUGUUCAUGGUGUUUUAAAAUAUAUUCUAAAUAGAACAAAAUUAUUGAGUUUUAUUUAGAUAUAUGUAUUUGAUCUUAGAAUAUUGGUGUUUUUUGUGUUUAUUAUUACUUGUUCAAUGAUAUUUUUAGUUCAAAAUGGUUUUAAACCUUAGUAUUUACUAGUGUUUUUAAUCUUAAACAAUUUAAUUGAUGAAAUCUGAACCAUACUAUUAUAACAAUGCAAGUAUUUGAAAUAGAUAAUGUAAAAAUUUACAACCUCAGUGCAGGAAAGUCGUUGCCAGAUUGGCUGUCAGAGAGGAAAAAACGUGCUCUUUUAAAGAAAAAUGUGGAUUUAAGAAGAAGAGUUGAAUUAAUACAAGAGUUUGAUAUGCCUGGAGUGAGUACUACUUUAAGAGCAUCUAAAGAUGGACAAUAUAUCAUGGCUACAGGCAUUUAUAAACCGAGGAUCAAGUGUUUUGAUGUUAACAACCUGUCUUUGAAAUUUGAAAGAUGCUUGGAUUCGGAAGUCGUCACAUUUGAAAUUUUAAGUGAUGAUUAUUCAAAGAUUGUAUUUCUGCAAUGUGAUCGCUACAUUGAGUUUCAUGUAGGCCAUGGUCGCCAUUAUCGCUUGAGAGUUCCAAGAUUUGGUAGAGAUAUAGCCUAUCAUAAACCAUCCUGUGACCUAUUUGUAGUUGGUGCUUCGUCUGAAGUGUACAGAUUAAAUUUGGAAUUAGGUCAAUUUUUGGCACCAUAUGCUACAAAAGCAAAUGAAAUAAAUGUAUGUGCAAUAAAUGAAGACCAUGGCUUACUCAUCCUCGGUACUGGAAGUGGUCAUGUUGAAGCUUGGGAUCCUCGCACAAAAUCUAAACAAGGAGUAUUAGACUGUGCAUUACAUUGUACAGAUUCUGAAUAUAGAAAUAGCAAUGUUCCUGCUAUUACUGCACUCCAGUUUGAUGGUGCUUUGAAAAUGGGUGUAGGCACAUCUACUGGUCAUGUUUUGUUGUACGACAUAAGAUCUAGCAAACCACUUUUAAUAAAAGAUCACAUGAACGAAAUACCCAUAAAAAAAUUGGAGUUUCACAAACAAAUGGACUUUGUUUAUUCAAUGGAUUCAACAGUUGUCAAGAUAUGGAAUAAAAACACAGGAAAGCAAUACACCAGCAUUGAGUCAUCAGUAGAUUUUAAUGAUCUCUGCGUAAUUCCAAAUACUGGACUGAACAUGAUGGCAGUAGAAGAUCAAAAAAUGCAAAUUUAUUAUAUACCAUCACUGGGGCCAGCUCCGAAAUGGUGUGCAUUUUUAGAUAAUUUAACAGAAGAGUUAGAGAGCUCAGCAUCUCAAAUUGUUUAUGAUGACUAUAAAUUUAUUACAAAACAAGAAUUGGAAGUACUUGGUUUGGAUCAUCUUCUCGGCACUAAUCUGUUGAGAGCAUAUAUGCAUGGAUAUUUUGUGGAUGUAAGACUUUAUAAGAGAGCCAAAUCUAUAGCAGAUCCAUUCGCAUUUGAGGAGUACAAGAAACGCAAAAUUAGAGAAAAAAUUGAGCAAGAAAGACCGUCUAGACUUAAAAUUGAAGAUAAUCUACCUAAAGUUAACAGAGAUUUGGCUUCACGUAUUUUGGAUGGUGAAGGACGGAAAAAGAAGCAAACUAACAGCUUACUAAGUGAUGAUAGAUUUAAGGCAAUGUUUGAGAAUCCUGAUUUUGAAGUGGACAAAAAUGCAGACGAAUACAGACUACUCAAUCCAGUAUUAUCUAGAUUGGAUAAAGACAAAUCCAAGAAAUCUGAAAUUGAACCUAUGGAAGUGGUACAAGAUAAAGAGGAUUCUGAUUCAGAUCGUGAGUUAUAUAGUUUAAGCGAGGAGAGUUCAGAUGAAGAUAGAUCUUGGAUUAAAGAAGUAAAGAAACAGCACAAAAUAAUAAGACGCCAAAAAGAAGAUCAAUCAAACGAGCUAGAUGAAUCAGUUUUCGAAACACAGAGCACACCCAGAACUACAAAUAGUAUUAAGAACAUUAAUAGAGUGAGUAAAGCCAGUUUGGGCGACCGACUUGUUAGAGAAGGAGCUUCCACAAUGGUUACCGGUACAGGUGGCAACAGGGAGAUGAAGUUCACUAUGAGAGGGAAAAAAUCCGAAAUCGAUAAAUAUAAGAAUAAUAAAAAACAUUACCAGGAACGUAAACAAAUUUGCAAUGAAGCAAUUAAUAUAGAUAUGGGCAAUAAAUUGGUUAAUGUGAAUUUUUUAAAUGAUUGCAUAGCCAGUGAUCUACUGGACAGCCAUGUACUGGGUAACGAGAAGCAACAAGAACCGAAUAUGGAAAGAUCAGCAAGAUCCAACAUCGACGACAACAGUCUCGAUAUUGGAGAAAUUACAGAAUCGCCAGAAACCGAAUAUAUGAGCACUUCAGCCAUUUUACAUUAUUGUAAAUCGAAGAUAUUAUUACCAUAUUUAAAGCUGCUAACUAUUAUGGGCUUACGGCCUAUAGUUGAUGUUUCCAAUUCUUCGAAAUGUGCAAUAUUUCUUUCCCAUUUUCAUUCCGCUCAGGUAGCAGUGUUUAUGAUUCUGGGCUAUAUCCUUCAGUAUAUGGCUUGUUUCAGGCGCGAUAGAGGUUUUUGCUAUAAAUUAGUACCUCUAGCUUUAACUUCGCCUUUAGAAUACGAUGCGUAUAAACAAGUAUGUUAUGGAAAUGUGACCCUUACCUACAUUGGCCCCAGCGUAUUACAUUUCUUAGGGUUUGCAUAUGCUCUAUAUUUAUUUCGGAUUUCUGAUAACGAGCAGCUGCAAAACUUAAUGGAGAGAGUUUUCUUAUCAUCAUCGUCGCCACCAGGAAUGCCCACAAAUAAACCGAAGCGUCUAUUGCGUAUGUUAUGGUUCUUCAUUAUCCUGGGUGUGUUCUGGAUGUGUUUGUCGCUGUGUUCAGUAAACUUAAUGAUCGCCAAAGGAGAUAUAAUGUUCAAAUGGGUCACUACAAGAGAGGUGUUGGUGACGUUGCGCGUAGCAUUGGUGGCUUGCACGAUGAUACAUGACAUGGUGCAGGCCACCGCCCUCACCAGCUAUUGUCUGCAGGCUCAGCUGCUGCAGGCACACCUUAUGUUUCUCAGAGAGCGAUUACUGCAUCGCACUAUAACUCCACUCCACUGGAUGAGAGAAAUAUCCGAGUUCCGGAAACUGUUAAAAUAUUUGAACGAGGAACUGGCGCCGGCUGUGUGCAUGUUCACUAUCGUGAACUUGUCGUGGGCGGCGUCGGGCGCGUUGUGGCUGUGCGGCGUGGACCGCGUGGACAACGCCGCUGAACCGAUACUCGCCAUCGCUAUCCUGAACCAGGCACUAUGGGUCAUCGCGGUUGUUGCGCCCUUCGUACAGGCGGCACGGCUGUCUAACGAAUGCCGCAAGACUCGAUCAAUGGGACACGAAUUAUGCGUGCGCCCGUUCCUGCAUCAGGACACGGCCCAAGAGGAUAUCAUCACGGUCCUCAUGUUCGCGUCCACUCUUCGUCUUCACGCGAAACUAUUCCAUUGCUCUAUCGCUGGCCGAUACGUCUGUCUGCUACUAGCUGUUACUGUUAUCUUUAAUAUCGUUAAGAAGUUCAAAAUUUACAAAACGGGAAAAUCAAAAUGUAAUUUAAGUAAUGGACACAAUUAUUAA